CACAUCACAUCUGUCACAUAUAAAAACACCACAGUCAAUUUGUAUGAAGAUUGUUGAUAUUUGCAUGCUUUCAUUUUUUCACAUUGAAAAUAACUGUAACAAUUAAAUUACAACAAAUGGAUUUAAUAAAAAAAGAGAUGGAGGGUUUAAGUUUAACCCCAAAAGUUGAAACGAUUAAAUGUGAACUUGAUGGUGAACUAUCCGAACUGACCGAUCUGAAAACUGACUCAAAAGAAAUGGAUAUUGGAGCAGAAUUUCUUUUGGCUGAUGAAAACAUGAUCGAAUGCAUUACUGAGAUGCUGAAUUUCUAUGUGCAACGUCGUUUAAUCAAUAUCGGUUCUGUUGAUUUGUAUCGGUUGAUCUCUUAUUAUCGAGGUUGGAAGCGAAUGAGUCUAGAUUAUCUGACAAAUUUCGGUGUUAAUGUUAAUUUGGGAAACGGCCCGUUAACAUUUAUCCUCGAAAGAAGAAGCGCACAUGCCAUACGUGGAAUUGUCAAUCUAAAUCUUCCGCAAAUCAGCGAAUUCAAUCAUCUGAUGUCGAUGCAUAGUGAUGCUACUGAUAUGAUGAAAUGGCAAAUUUUGACUUAUCGUUCGAGGCUGGAACGUGAAUUACUUCAUUGCUGCCGAAUCUUGAAUGGCCGCCAAUCGAUACGACUUGAUCAUCCACUUAAUCAAACGUUACCACGGAUAAAUGAUGUUUUGGAACAAACAAUUCAACAUAACAUGCCAAAUGGAUACCGAGUAUUAUUUCGAUAAAAUUAUUGAGGUUUACUUGCAAGCUGUUGUCAUUACAAACAGAAGCAAAAAUAUUGUACUUUUUCGAACAUUUAGACAAUAAACAUAAAGACAAAAGUAAAA